CAGUCGGUCACUGGUCAGUCGGGAAACGAACAUUACCCGAGCGUGACGUAUAAAAUCUUGACUGUUAUGCUCAACCUAUUCCGCGAUCUACCUUAUCUCUUAUCACUAUAAAAAUGAUACAUCGAAUUACUUCACGAGUGCCAAGAUAAAGAACACCCUAUUCGCGAUAAACACCUCGUCACGGAUUCAUUUUGUUAAAAUUAUAUCAUUAUUAGUACGAAAUUCAAUGAUAAAUGAAUUUAUAAGUGAUUUUUAAAAUAAAUUAUCCUUGUAUUUACAAAGGAUGUAGUUCAUCGAAGAGGCCGUUGAUUUUUAGUGAAAUUCGUGAUCGAAUUAAAUAAAUAAUUAAUCACAAUGUUUUUGCUAUUUCUGUUCCUGAUCGGAAUAUCUUUGGUAAGCUGUAAUCCGUGUCCAAGGGAAGAAAGUUUGAAUAUAACAAAUGGACUGAAAUUUGAAAAUGGCUCUAUUAUUUAUGAUGGAUUGGAAUACAUCGAAACUACGUGGUAUGAAGAGGCGAUCAAUGAUGAAGUGGUUAGAUUCGGAUGUCCGUGCAUUGGACGAGUGUGCUUGUGGAAAUGCUGCGGAGCGGGCAUGAUGUACCUCAACAAAACUUGUAAGGAGGUAGACGUAAGCGAAAGUACAGUUCAUCCUUUCAAUCCUACGGUGUAUAAAGGCCGGGAACCAUCUAACAUGACCGCGAAUCAGCACUUCUUUUACAUGUAUGGACCAUCCUGCGAAAAAUAUCUCGUAGAUUCAAAUUCGUCCGGAGAAGAAAUAUAUAUACAAGAAAAUGGGACGCUAUACGAAAUUGCUUCAAAUCGUCCACAAUGGCAUCUCCCAUUGAGAUUUUGCUUGGACAUGAUGUUGGAUAACAGAGUGCAAAAUCCAAGGCUGGUGGCUGGCGUCUGUUACCCCGAUGACGUGUCCAACGAUGACAGCCCUGCUUUGUACAUCGCAUAUGGUAUUGGUCUAAUGCUCUCGGUACCAUUUUUAUUAGCAACCUUCCUGGUAUAUGCAUUCAUCCCUGAACUACGGAACUUACACGGCAUGUGUCUUAUGGCGUACUGCGCGGGUCUCAUCGUGGCGUAUCCGUUUCUGGCCUACCUGAAAUUACACACUGGCGAAAUCGGCGUCGCCAUGACAGGCUGUUAUGUUGUCGCUUUCAUCAUAUACUACGCAUUCCAAACGAGUUUCUUCUGGCUGAAUAUAAUGUGCUUCGAUAUCUGGAGAACCUUUAGAACGGUUGCGCCAGCGUCGCAAUGCGGCAGGCCCCAUCCUGGCUAUAGAGGAGGGAGUACGAACAAACGGCGCGAGAGGCGACGUUUUGCGAUGUAUGGCGCUUAUGCCUGGGGCGUACCAGUAGCUCUUACAGUGCUCACUAUUUCUAUGCAAUUCAGUGACGUUCCUGAAAGUAUAAUCACUCCAGGUUUUGGCAGCCGACGAUGCUGGUUUGACAAUUGGGUCAGUGAACUCGUAUAUUUCUUCACCCCUGUAUUCGCGCUGGUGAUAUGCAACAGUGUGCUAUUCUCGAUAACAGCACAUCGAAUCCGAUCUAUAAGACAGGAAACCGCCAUUUUAAAAGGUGCCGAAUCUUCACGCAGUGAUAAAUUAAGAAAGGAUAAGCAAAGAUACGGUCUCUACCUAAAGCUGUUUGUUGUGAUGGGGGUGAACUGGACGAUUGAGGUGAUCAGCUUCGCAGUCGGCGGCUCCAACUGGUACUGGAUUGUUGUCGACCUCGCAAACAUCGUACUUGGCAUUUAUAUCUUCUUCAUUUUCGUUUGGAAAAACAAAGUUCGUAAUUUGAUCUCCAAAAGAUGGCGAACUAUACGAGGUAUUCCUGCAACUGAAACGAGCUUAGGGAAGUGGGCGACGCGGUCCAGCUCCGCUCCCACCGAGGAUACGAGAGUGUCUGCUGACGAAACUGCUAUUCGAUUGAAAGACAUGAACUAACAUCGAGGACGCCAUUUAUCACUUAGUAAAAACUCAGUGAAAACUUCCGAAUGAAAAGGAUUUAACCAUACCUCAGAUACAGAACACUGCUAGUCAGUUUUACAAAACGAUUUAGAAAUAAGUUUAUUAUAAAUAUUUUUAAGUACAAUCAAUGAACAAAGAAAUCAAGACGACUUAUAAGUUUUAUUUAUAUUUUAAUUAUAGUAAUAAAAUACAUAAUUACUUAUACUAGACGUAGUUAUAUGUGAUUU